AUGGCUCCACCUCUAGAGGUGUUACAGGAGGCCACGACUCGAAUGCGAGUGAUUUUCAGGAGUCUUCGUUGCCCCUCAUCAGCCGAAAAGGGAGAAAGUUUGGGUCUAGGAAAAUCCAUAGCACGUGUAUUAGUCUCUAUUGGGAUAAUAUGGAUCAUCCGUGGCCCCGAUUUAGUGAUAUUCCCAAUGAGGCCCUUUUGCAGAUGUUUUCGCACCAUGUACAGGUGGAAUUCACUAGAGAAUAGUAACAUAUUUGAUGCCUUCAAGUGUGUCCUCAAGGAUAGAUACAGGGAUCGGAUGAAGCAUAUCAGGAUUAAAUCUGGGGAAAUGGCACGAAAUGAUGGGAAACCCGUCCCCUUAGGUCAUUGUACCUACUACAAAGGGAUGCAUGACUACCUCCCUAGGCGCGUACCGAAGAAUAAUUGGUCGACAGAUAAGUGGAGAAAGAAUUCAAAAAUUGCUCAGCAGAACCGCAAAGUCGCAGAUGCUAAUGGGUCGACAGCUAGGCACACCGCGGGUAGUAUAGGAUUUGACGAGCACCGUAACAACUUAGAAAAGAUGAUGGGUAAACCACCGACACAAUUUGAUGUUUUCAUCAAGACGUAUGGCACAGCUGAGGCGAAAAAAAGAUAUUUUGCGGGAGAUCAUGAAAAUCUCGAAUAUUGCUCACUAACUGCCAAAGAAGCACAAGAGAUGGCCCAAAAACACAGAGAAGACUCUUCAAACCAUAAAGAUGAUGCGAGGGUAUGGGAGGAAAUUCAACUUAGGAGAAAAGGAAAGAAGAAGGGUGAUAUCUAUGGCAUAGGAGCAUCAGAUAUACAUUUUGUGAAACUGGGACACCGUCUUCCCAAUCCACCCAAUCGGAUAGUACACAACAAGAGGUAUGUUGUUAUGGUUGAUAGGUUGCGUGCACAAGUUUCUACCAUGGAACAACAGCAACAACAAAUGGAAAUGGUUAUGAGGAUGAUGAAUAUGUCUGGAAAUCAACCCCGUGCUCCCCUUGAUAAUCCACCUGAGGACAAUUGA